ACUAGACUGACAGACUGUGGUGACGUAGGCGGUUGUCAGGCUGGACAGUCGGUGGCUUCCCCACCCUGGAGACCGAGAUGGCUGCGGCAAUAGCCAUGACGUCGCUGCCUCCGCAGCUUCCACCUCAGGAGGAUGAAGAGCAGCGGGAUGGCGCCUUAGAAGAUGGAGAGGCCGAGGUGUUCUUGUCGGAGAGUCACUGCUCGGAGUUGGCAUGGCGACAGAACGAGCAGAGAAAGCAGGGCCUGUUCUGUGACAUGACUCUGGUGUUCGGGGCCGGAGGACGCGAGUUCCCCGCUCAUCGCUCCGUGCUGGCCGCGGCCACCGACUACUUCGCUCCGCUGCUGUCCGGGCAGUUUGAGGAGUCUCGCUCGGGCCGGGUGGACAUGAAAUGGAGCUCGGAGCCUGGGCCGGACCUGGAGACUGUUGAGGCCGUGAUCCAGUACAUGUACACGGGGCAGAUCCGUGUGUGCACCGGUAAUGUGCAUGAGGUGCUGGAGCUCUCUGACAGAUUUUUGUUGCUUCGAUUGAAGGAGUUCUGCGGAGAGUUCCUGAAGAAAAAGCUCAAUCUAUCGAACUGUGUGGCCAUUCACAGUUUGGCUCAUAUGUAUACACUCAACCAGCUCGCUUUGAAGUCUGCCGACAUGAUUCGUAGAAAUUUCUUCAAGGUGAUUGAGGAUGAUGAAUUUUAUACCCUUCCAUUCCACCUUGUUAGAGACUGGCUCUCUGAUCCAGAGAUCACAGUAGACUCUGAGGAGAUACUCUUUGAGGCAAUUCUAAAAUGGAUUCAGAAAAACGCUGAGGAGAGAGAGAAGUAUUUCGAGGAAUUGUUUAGGCUUCUUCGACUGUCCCAGAUGAAACCCACUUAUCUUACGAGACACGUGAAAGCCCAUAGGCUAGUUGCAACCAAUGAGGCCUGCUUGCAAUUGGUUGCUGAGGCCGUCGAGGGCCACGCUUUGCGAUCAGAAAACGUGCAAGCUGGAAAUCUUCAGUCAAUGGCCACCCACAUGACCUCUUUGCCACGCUUUGGUCAGAAUAUGGAUGUGAUAAUGGUGAUUGGAGGCGUUUCAGAAGGAGGCGACUACUUAAGUGAAUGCGUUGGAUAUUUUAUUCAUGAAGAUCGAUGGGUGAAUUUGCCUCACAUUCACAAUCACCUUGAUGGACAUGCGGUAAUGGCUACAGACAGCUAUGUUUACGUGGCAGGCUCCAUGGAGCCUGGGUUUGCCAAGACUGUUGAGCGAUACAAUCCAAGCAGAAAUGUUUGGGAGCAAGUGAGCAAUUUGAUCACUCGAAAACAUUCCUUUGGUCUCAUGUCUGUGAAGGGCAACUUAUAUAGCAUUGGUGGGCACGGCAACUUUAGCCCUGGCUUCAAAGACGUCACUGUCUAUGACCCUGAACAAGAUAAGUGGCAGAUCUUGGAAUCUGCACCCAAGAUUUUGCGAGACGUGAAGGCCGUUAGUGUAGAAGACCGUUACGUUUACCUGACUGCCCGCACUCCAGUUGAUAGUGAUAAUGAAGAUGGCCUCAGAACAAUUAACUGCAGAUACGACAUUGAAAGUAGUAGGUGGCAGGAUAUCGAGUCGCUGCCACUUUUGGACAACUACUGUGCAUUUCAGAUGUCGGUUGCAUGCACAAAUUUCUAUAAUACCGCCUCUUGCUGCCCUAAGAGCUACGCUGUCACUGUUGACGAGGCUCAAAGUAAAAUUUCUAGGCAGGUCUCAAAUGAAAUUCUUGAGAGCUUACCUCCAGAAGUCCUGGGCAUAGAGGGGGCAGCUAUCUGCUACUACAAGGAUGAUGUUUUUAUUAUCGGGGGCUGGAAGAACAGUGAUGACAUAGACAAACAAUACAGGAAAGAGGCCUAUCGGUAUUGUGCUGAACGCAAACGCUGGAUGCUGCUCCCGCCCAUGCCUCAGCCGCGGUGCCGGGCUACCGCCUGCCAUGUGAGAAUCCCAUUCAGAUACCUGCACGGGACACAGAAAUACCCCAUGCCCCCUAACUUGAUGUGGCAGAAAGAUCGAAUUCGACAAAUGCAAGAAUUGCAUCGGCAUACGAUGAACUUACGGCGCACUCCACGAUCACAGAUUGAAUGCUAAACUUUUCCAGUAUCUUUUUCAGAUGCGAUUUGCACAAGAGAUGCUUUUUUUUUUUUUCUUUUGUUAAAUGUUAGACCAUGUACUGUAACAUAAGCUUCAAAGCUUAAAGUGUUCACAUAGUUCAUUAGUUUAUCAUGUGAACACUCUAAUUAGCAUGUCGCUGUACACAUAGGAGAAUGUGUAUGUUAAUGUACACAGGUUCUAGUGUAUAAAAUCUAUUUAUCUAGGCUUACCGGCUAGGACAGAUGAGCCAUGGAUAAGAAGACAUUCCUAGCAAAUCUUGGUCAGAUGUCGGGUGGCUAAUUUUGGUCAGUGUCUAUUGGCAGCUUUACCGUACAUCCUGGCUAAUGGGGUUUGAUAAAAAAAAAAAAAA